GGUGUGUCGCUGGCGUCGUCACUACGAGUCGGGACGUUGAUUGGAGUGGACGGUGCGCGCGUCUCGAGAGUCGGCGUCCAAAGAAAAGAAGAAGAAUCAACACACGACGACGACCAACUCGAAAAACGAAUCAAUCAAAAACCAUAAGAGAAAAGCUACUCGAUUUCGUUUGUUUUCUCUCAACUGGCCCAGUGCUUUUCAAUUGUGUCAGUUUGUUGUGUGUCUGUGUCGAGUUUUCCGUGUGUCUCUCUAAUCAAUUGAAUAAGAAAAAGUGAUUUGAAAUCGUGAAGAAAUCAUGUGGAAUGUUCCAGUGCCUGCCUAGCCCACACACACACACACUCUGACGUACACACCUUGUUGAUUACACACACCAAAUAGCCUCACAGACCAUUGACCGCGCUGCAGCUAAUAAUCACCAAGGUGGAACAGGUUUGCCCGUCGAUGAGUUUCCAACGGCGGCCGAUGCCCAGAUAACCAAACAACCCAGCCCCCCUCUCUUCUGCCAGCAACAACUCAAUUCUUCCAAACUGUUGUUUGUUUGUUGUUCCUGUCCAUGCGUGAUUGACGUCGACCCGUGGGACCCUUUUUUUCCUCUACCUGCGUCUUUUUUUUUUAAAAAGAAAUAAAUCAAGAAAUUCCCGAGAUGCCUGGAACGCUGGACGAGGUCAACUGUUGCGUGUCUCCCACGCCGACGGGUUCCUCCGGCCUGUCGUCGCCUCCUCCGCCCGCCUCGUCCCUAUCGCCCCAGCACCUCCAGUCUCACCAGGACUCGCUCAACAAUUCGCAAUCGUCGCGCGAGUUCAAGGAUUACAACGGCAUCCGCAGCUGGGGAUCGCGCAACAACAAUUCGCGAUCCAGCAGCGCCUUGGACAGGCACAGCGAAUCCAGCGAGAGUCUCGACAAUCACUCGACCUGCAGCGCCAAUGGCGGCCGACAGAUGCAGGAUUUCAUUGGUUCGUCCGAGUACAUUCCCACCCGUUCGACCAAAGCCGCGCCCAAAGUGGCCUACAACCCCAUGCAGUUUGUCAAGACGGGGCCGACCAAAUUGGCCAAAACGGCCCAGGAGCAGCUCAAGAAAGCGGAAGAAGUCAAAAAGGUCCGCGAGACGAAAAAGGACGACGCCGAGGAUUGGCAAUCGAAUUUGGAAGGAUGGAAGUCGAGUCGACGGAAGCGACAGGAGCACGUGAUUGAGCGAGUCACCGAAGUCAAGCGGAUGGAACAAGAGGAAGCAUUAAAAGCCUCUGAAGCUGCCACCAAACGGCUCAUCAAUAUCCGGGAGAAACGUGGGAAAUUGUCGGCGUUGUAUUCGGUGGAGGACAACGACGAGAUCGAAUUCCUUUCGAAUUCAGACGAAUGUGGAACGACGGCGGCGCUGGCAUCCGGCGAUCCGGUUGACUCUUCGCCCGACUCGUCCGUCUUCAACGGAGACACCAGUCAGAAUUCGGCAACCGAACAGGCGGCGUCGAUCACGACCACGACGACGCCCAUUGACCUGGGAUCACAUCAGGGCGAUGAGUACACGUACGAGAAAUCUAUCGAAGAUUACGUCAAAUUCUCCACUUCGGCUCUGUCGAAACAACAACAGGAAACGAGGAGCAGCAGCACCAGCACCAGUCGAACGACAUGGACGAAAUCGUCCAGGAUGGAGCAGGAGGAGCAGAGGGUGGAGGUCGUCGUGAAACGACAGGAGGCCACCAAGGUGGACCAACAGCCCCCCCAGGCGUCCGACAGGAAUAAUAAACCCACCGAUAACGCCACCGCCGAUUUGGUCAUGGUGAAGCGACGCUCCGUUUUCGAACGGGACCAUUUCACCACCACCACGGCGCCGGACGUGGAUAAGGCCAGCAUCACGGCCGCCAAUCGUCGAUCGGGUGAAUUCUCGUCCACCUUCAAGAACCGAUUGUCCACUUUCGAGUCGACGGAAGCGGCUGCUGCUGCCGCCGCUGUCAAAACAGACGCCGUUGUGGCGCCACCGCCGAGUCGAGUGACGCCGGAUCGAGAUCCGCAUUUCAAGAACAAAUUGGCCAAUUUCCAUAAAGUGGAAGAAACCGCCGCCGCCGCUCCAGCCAGUCAUGCCCUUCCGCCUCCACCCGCUGAGGCCGAUGAGACCCACACCAACAAACCCAAUUUCAAAGCCAAAUUGGCCGCAUUCCGCCAGGUGGAAGAAAAAGCCAAAUCAGCCCCGCCGCCACCAACGACGACGACGACGGCUGUCAAAAUGAACAACAAACCGGCCGUUGCGGCUAAUAAACCCGUGAUUCCGGCGGUGGCAAUCAAACCUCCGUCUAUACUCCGCACUGCCCAGGUGCCUCAACAACAGCAACAACAACAGAAAGCCAAGAGCGUCGAACCCAUCCAGCCGGAACCGAUUUACGCCAAUUCUUCGGUUGCCAUGGCCGGAUCUUCCUCCACUUCUACUUCCGGACAUCAACGAGUGGUGGUGACGGUGGAUGCCCAACCGUCUUACCCUUCGUCAGGUCCGCCUGCGGGUGCCGGUGAUGCGGAAUCUUAUUCCGACUGCACGGAAGACGAAGGCAUCCGCUCCUUGUCGCCCCACGGCACUCCGUCACCCACGUCGCCCACACCCAAUGGAAUGGAACCACCUGAGCCUUUGCCUCCGCCUCUUCCGUCUCAUCCGCCCAUCGGCUAUUCUCCCUACAGCUUCCAUAAUCAGCAGCAGCAGCAACAACGUGAACCGGAACCUGUUGCCGGAAUUGCCGACUCUCCAUCGCCCAGUUCGCCUCAAUUGGCUUGGCCUCCAGGCAAUGCGGAGGCUGUUGUAUGGGACGAUUGGGUGGUAGACUUGGGGGCGGCGGUUCAGAACGCGGCUCCUCCUUCCGAGAAACCCCCUCCUCCCCCCAUCUCGAAUCCUCCGACUGAGACUCCGAUUGUUGUCCAUCAAUCGACUUCGACUACUUCCACUACUCCUUCCACUACUUGCCAUUCUGCUACUACUUGUGCGAAACUCACUUCCGGCCAUCCACAGCUCCGCCGCAAUGAAAAGACGAUGGAACCCGCCGGAUUGCGACAGGAAUUGCGCAAAAGGCGAUCGGAUUUCCUCGGAUUCGACGUCAACGCCAUGGAGGACGAUGCCAAGGAACUGGCGGAUGCGAUCCCUCCACCGCCUGAUUUGAAGACGCUCCUGCGCAACUCUUCGACAGAUUACAGAGCGUCCGAGUUUGGCCUGGCCGAGUGGCAACCACCGUCGCCUCCGCACGAGGAGGAGCUGGCCCGCAAGGAGCGCGAGAUCAUCGAAACGCUGGAGAAGGAAGAAAACGAGCGGACCGUUCGCUCUGCAUCCGCCGGAUUGCACAACAGGAGCCAAGACGAGCACGGAAUCGAGUACGAAAUGACGGCCGAGAUUGACCAAUUGGCUCGCGAGUGGCAGACAGGCUCCAGCAUCCGCAGAGCGUCCACCAAAUUCCAGCCGCAACAGCAGGAGCCGUUGCCUUUCAUCCGCCCGGAAGGAGAAGUGAAACAGCAACUCCACGUCGAAGUCAACCACCGACAACCACAUUUGCCAGCACCGCAACAACAGCAACAACACCAACAGCAGUCGAUAUUGGUGUCGCCUUCGUUAUCUUCGUCGUCGUCAUCCGCCGGCGCCGUCAAGCAAGUCUCUCCCCAGCCAAUCCAUCCGCAACAGUCGCAACUGUCGCCCCCCAAACCGUCACGACUCAGUGCGGCUCCUAAGCCGAAACUGCACGACGGUGAGGCCUGGAUGGCCAAGCGUAAAGUGGCGUCCGAGGGCGGCGUUGCCGGAGCAACAGCGGCCGGAGGAGGAGGAGCUGCUGCCGGACGUAAGGAUAUGAAGGACGUUUCGCGUCAUUGGCUCAUCCAGGAGGCGGAACAGAGGCGCAUUGACGCCAUGCAGGAGCGACAACGCAACUAUUCGCCAUUGUCCUCCUCCUCUUCCCUGCAAUUAACUCCGCCCGUACGUCCGAUGGCCCAUCCGGCCGCCACGCAGAGCCCACCAGCUCCUUCCGCCAUCCAGCCGUCGUCCAUCAACAACAAUUUGAUGGCGGGGACGGCCGACGGAAGUCACUGGAUGUCGCGUUCGUCGUCUUCGACUUCGAUGGAUAAAAUGUCGGAAUUGCGGCUACUGGGCCCCAACAGCAAAGGCGGGAUGGAUCACUCGUUCCGCUCGACGUCCAGUCUCGGCUCCUCGCCCACUCCUCGUCCGCUCUACGCCAACCAGGAGGAGAUUUUGGAGUACGCGGAUUUCACGGGGGCUCCGCACACGGCGCCGCCCGUCUGGCAGGUCCGCUCCCUUGUGUCUUCCGGUUCGAUGGAUCAGCUGCAGAGCAUCCACCACCAUCACCACCACCACCUCGGCAGCAUCCAGUCGCCGCCGUCCAGGCCGGCCAAGAGCCAGUCGCAAACGCUUCCGUCGGCCUCUUCCUCUUCCGCCAUGCAGCAAUUCAGCGGCAACGCCGCCCAGACCCAACCGUCGUGGAGGUCCACCCAUCCGCCCGGUGAGACGGACAAGGAACCCAUCGCCCCACUUCCGCAUUCGGUGAUUACGACACUGACGCAGCGGAUGACGCAGAGGAGCAACAACAACAACAACAAUGCCAAUUACGGGGACUACAUGAACGUGCAGGAAGCAACAGUUGCUCAACAACAACAACAGUCGUCUGUUGGGUCGACGACACGAGCUGGACCUCAAGUGCCGGCCCAGAGACCGGCCAAUUAUCGUCACCCGUCGGUGGUGGGACCCAGUCACUCUGCUCCCGUCCAGUCGUCGUCGGCCGGCGUCCACCAGUCGCAAAACAACAACGACCGCAUGUUGAGUGUCAGCGGCAAGAAAAAGUGCUCCCUCUGUCAGGAAGAAUUAGGUCGAGGGGCGGCCAUGAUAAUUGAGAGUCUGCGAUUGUUUUACCACAUCAACUGUUUCCGUUGUUGCGUUUGCGGCAUCGCCUUGGGCAACGGCACGGCCGGCACGGACGUUCGGGUACGCAACAACAACCUCCACUGUCACGACUGCUACUCCAACGAUGACGGUCUCAAGUUCAGCAAAGUCUGAGAUCAUCACGCCCCGAUCGCCUUUUUUGUUUUCUAUUUGAUUAUUAAUUUAAAAACCAAGAGGAGGAGGACCCGUUUUUGACAGUUAUCAUUUAAAUAAAUAAUAUCCCCCCCUCUCUUCUCCAAAUGCUUUAUUAGAGCCUCCCUGAAAUCAAUCAACCAAUCCAUCACGAAAUCAUUUUCAAUUCAUGUUUUUUUUUGUUUCUUUCGAGAAAUUGACAUCACGCCCCUUUUUAUCGCGACCUGUGAUUUUUCUAUCGGAUAAUUAAUUCGUCGUCAUGCCUUUCCCCUUUUCCCCCCCUUCCCCAGUUGAUUAUUAUAUACAUAAAUUUCAAUUUUCAUUUAUUUACUACCCCUCUACCCCCUUGUCUCUCAAUCGUGUUCCUGACUUGUGUGCGUCUCUCGUCCCAUCACAUGUAAUUAACUCAACAAAAAGCUUUAGGUCAUCAAAACAAAAGGCGAAACCGACAAAUUCAAAUAACAACAACAGUAAAAGAAGCAAAACAACAUUAUGUCAUAACCAAGUAUUUUCUGGUAGCUCUUUUCUCUUCCACUUUUUACUGUUUUACCCCCCACUUUUUGAUUUAGUGUGUGUACAGCCCCUCAUGUGUGUGUGUGUGUGUGUGCGCGUCGAAUCCUUGUAAUCCUCAUCAUUUCAGCUUUUUAUCCCUCCCUUAUCCCAACCCUGAAAGACAAAGUAUACAAAUUUAUCCAACUA